CCUAUUUUUAAGUUAUAUUAGACCCUAAACGGUCAAAUUAUUUUAUUUGUUGUUUUAUUUUAUCUUUCCUUCGCAUCUCCGUCCUAAAACCCUAAAAUCCCACUUUCUGCACUUCUACUUCGGUCUCUCUAGGGUUUUUGAAUUUCGACGCACAUUCACGCAAUGAAGGUGAAAGUGAUUUCUCGCUCUACGGAUGAAUUCACCCGGGAACGAAGCCAGGAUCUUCAGAGAGUUUUUCGUAAUUUCGACCCUAAUCUUCGAUCCCAAGAGAAGUCUGUUGAGUACGUUCGCGCUCUUAAUGCAGCUAAGUUGGAUAAGAUAUUUGCACGGCCGUUUGUUGGAGCAAUGGAUGGGCACAUUGAUGCAGUCUCUUGUAUGGCUAAGAACCCAAAUCAUUUAAAGGGAAUAUUUUCUGGUUCCAUGGAUGGAGAUAUUCGUCUUUGGGAUUUAGCCACCAGGCGGACGGUAUGCCAGUUUCCUGGUCACCAGGGUGCAGUACGCGGUCUGACAGCAUCAACUGAUGGUCGUGUUCUUGUGUCAUGUGGAACUGAUUCAACUGUAAGGCUCUGGAAUGUCCCUAUUCCUUCUCUUAUGGAGUCCGAUGACAACGAAGUCAAGCCUCUAGCAGUCUAUGUUUGCAAAAAUGCCUUCCGGGCUGUUGAUCACCAGUGGGAUGGUGAUCUUUUUGCUACAGCUGGAGCUCAAGUAGAUAUAUGGAACCACAACAGGUCUCAGCCUGUUAACAGUUUUGCAUGGGGUAAUGAUACGUCCAUAUCUGUACGAUUCAAUCCAGGAGAACCAAAUAUAUUGGCAACAUCAUCCAGUGAUCGAAGCAUUACAAUAUACGAUCUACGAUUGUCAUCUCCGGCAAGAAAGAUUAUUAUGAGUAAUAAAACUAAUUCUAUAGCAUGGAAUCCAAUGGAGCCAAUGAACUUUACAGCUGCAAAUGAAGAUUCCAAUUGUUAUAGUUAUGAUGCUCGGAAAUUGGAUGAGGCUAAAUGUGUGCAUAAAGACCAUCUUUCUGCAGUUAUGGACAUUGACUACUCACCAACUGGUCGUGAAUUUGUAACUGGAUCUUAUGAUAGAACUGUUAGAAUAUACCAAUAUAAUGCCGGUCACAGCCGAGAAAUUUAUCACACCAAGAGAAUGCAAAGGGUAUUCUGUGUCAAGUUCAGUUCCGAUGCAAGUUAUGUUGUCUCUGGGAGUGAUGAUACAAACCUUCGACUUUGGAAGGCUAAAGCAUCUGAGCAACUUGGAGUUCUUUUGCCAAGAGAACGUAAAAACCACGAAUAUCUGGAGGCAGUCAAGAAUCGUUACAAGCAUCUUCCUGAGGUUAAGCGCAUAGUCAGGCAUAGACACUUGCCGAAACCAAUAUACAAAGCAGCUUCUCUUAAGCGUAUCCAAAAUGAUGCUAUAAGGAAGAAAGAUGAAAGGAGGAGAGCUCACAGUACCCCAGGAAGUAUUCCAAAGAAGCAAUUACGUAAAGAUAGAAUUCUCAAAGAAGUUGAGUAAUUUUUUUUUACUGGGAUGUGUUUAUGUACAUGUUCUUUUAUUAUUACCGUGUAUUUCAAUUAAAAGAAUUAUUUAUAGCGAUAACAUUUUAGACUGUACUAUGUAUGUUGGUCAUGGCCUGAGCCACCAAUUUUUGAGCGAGUUGAUUUUUUGUUCGGACAUUUGGUAAAAUCGAGAACUUCCAAUAUGUGAU